AUGCGCCGCUCAUAUGGUGGCGGUGGGUCAAAAGUUGACUGGGUCAGACAUCACGAGCUGACAGCCUCUCAGAUAAGCAGCAGCACAAUAAAAGCACUCAUGUUCUCGCUGCCUGUGGGUUUCGGCAUCCUCUUCUCCCGCUUCCUGCUGGACCUCGGGACGUCCUCCACCACCACAGCCUGGAUAUUCAACCUGCAAAUGUUCUUCUGGCAUGUGGUGGGCCCCUUCGUCAGGCCCCUCACCCGGGAAUUCGGCUGGAGGAGAGCCGGGUUCUUCGGGGUGAUACUCGUCUCCUCCUCCAUCAUGCUCUCCGCCUUCGCCCCGUCGGCAGAGUUCCUCUUCUUCUCGUUCUCUCUUCUGAGUGGAAUAGGUGGAGGUCUGGCUGGCACUAUAUGUUUCCUGAUUGUCCCUACCUACUUUGAGCGACGGCGAGGAAUAGCAAAUACAAUGCUUACGACAGGCAUAUGCAUGGGGCAGAUCAUGGGAGCUCCAUUUAUCCGUUAUCUACAGGACGAAUACGCUUUCACGGGAGCUGCCUUGAUAUACGGCGCCAUCUUACUUAACUGUUUAGUUGGUGUCUCCCUCUUCCACCCUCUUAAAUGGCACUUGAAGAAAACGAAAGUCACGGAAAACGUUGCUCCCUUAGAUGGCUCUGUCCCUCUUAUAUCUACUGCAGAGAAGACAGAGGAAGAAUCAGUUCAAAAGGUCUUGACAGAGGAUAUGAAAACUCAGGCAAAGAUGGUCAGAGCAAGGAUGCUGGCGCGAGUCAGCGAGUCGUCUUGUACUUCCCACACUUCAAGAGAUUCGGAAACGUCGAUGAUGUACGUGUCCAUGACCGGGAUUAUCGAAGUAGUUGAUUUUGCCUUAGAGACUGAGGCGAAAGAGAGACCGUCUAGUUUGUGGGAAAUUUUAAAGCGCGUCUUUCUUUCAGCGCUUUCCGACCUGCGCAUAUUCCGCUCACGAAGAGCGCUAAUCAUUAAUACAGGAAUAGCUCUAUGUAUUAACAGCUACAUCAACUUCAUCAUGAUGGUCCCGUUUAAGAUGCAACAGGCUGGCUUCACCCUGCAGGAUUCGGCUUGGUGUGUAUCGAUCCUGGGCCUUUGCAACUUUGUGACCCGACUGAUAAUUUCUCCACUCACAGACUGGUCAAAGUUUAACAUGCGCCUAUGUUUCAUGAUCGGCUAUGCUAUCAUAGCAUGUUCUAUGUACG